AUGGCAUAUCUCUGUGCUGAAUGUAGAAUAAAAGAAGUUUAUAUUGAAAAUGGGCAUCCUACUGAAUUUUGUUCUCACCAAUGUCGAAAAGCUGCGGUAGACAGACGUCAUGUUGAAGCUUGUAUUGUAUGUGGUAUAUAUCCAAAGGUUAGGUUACAAAAUGGUUCAAGAUCACCUUACUGUGGAAAAAAUUGUCAGGCUAAAGCAACAUACGGAUCGAGGACACAGAACCAAUAUCCAGUUGCUUCUGUAGGGCCGACUUACCGACCAGUAGUUGUAUCUUCUCCCGUGUCUACUAUACAGAAUAAUCGAAUUAUAGGUGUACCUCCACAAAUGGCCAGACAGCCAAUUGGUACAAUUAAUCAGCAAUAUCCAAUGAAUCAACAAAUUCAAAUAAUGCCAUCUGCAAAUAAAAGAAAUUAUACGGUUCCUAUAUGCGCUCAAUGUAGGCAAAAACCUUGUUGGAGAGAUCAAAAUACUGGAGCAUAUUCGCGUUACUGUGGGAAAACUUGUAAGGACAAGGCCACAGUGGCUAGUAGAAUGCCGCAAAACUAUAAUUCGUUUCCGGCAACCAUUGCAUCGAAUGGUAUUCCAACACAAAUAGGUAUUCAACAACAACCGACAAAUAUUUAUCAAGCCACACCAGGAGGCAUUCAACAACAAACCAUACCAAUGAAUGUUCAUCAACAGACCUCGUCAUUAAAUGUUCAUCAACAGACUUCACCAUUAAAUGUUCAUCAACAGACUUCACCAUUAAACGUUCAUCAACAGACGAAUGUUCAUCAACAGACUGCGACAUUGAAUGCUCAUCAGCAGCCAACACCGACUGCAAAUAUUCAGCAGCAAACUCCGAUUACAAAUAUUCAACAGUCAACGCCGAUUACAAAUAUUCAGCAGCAAACUCCGAUUACAAAUAUUCAACAGUCAACGCCGAUUACAAAUAUUCAGCAGCAAACCACUCCACUAAGCAUUCAACAACAGAUUGCAUCAUUGAAUAUUCAACCACGGAUUUCGUCAUUAAAUGGUCAACGAACAAGUCCAACAAAUGUUCAUCAACGAACAAAUUCAGCGAAUGUUCAUCAACGACCAGUUUCGCAACAAAGUCCACCAUUAAAUACUCGUAAUCGGCGGAGACAAUCAUACCAGAAUGAAUCAUAUCAGGAUGAAUCAUAUCAAGAUGAAGAUGAUUUCGUUCAAGAUGAAUCGUACCAAGAUGAAUCGUACCAAGACGAAUCGUAUCAAGAUGAAUCAUAUCAGGAUGAAUCGUAUCAAGAUGACGAUUUAUUUAUGGACGAUCAACAUACACGUCUACGACCAAAUCAACGACCAAAUCAACGACAGAAUCAACGACAGAAUCCGUCACGACAGAAUCCACGUCCUAAUUCACGACCAAAUUCACGAUCAAAUGGUCAGAGACCAAGUAGUGUUCGUUCUCGGAGUUCGCAAACGUCAGUUUCCUCCCAAGGUUCACAAACAUCCGCUAACCGGGUAGUCGACCAGAUUGAAGAUGAAUAUUCACAACCACCACCAUUACCACCUUUAAGAACUAAGCCUCCACCAGCACCAACGCGACGGGUAUUGCCGGAGUUGCCUUCUGAUCCAUAUACACCUAAUGAAGAAAUUAUUCGUAAUCUACAUCCUGAUCGUAAAAUUACUCGUGAUGAUUCAUAUGAUGAAACUAAUCCAUAUGGCAGAAGACAGGGUGGUGGAAACUGA